CACCCAAAGCGAAGUUUCUUCAAUUAUAGUAACACCCAAUGGCCUUCUCUUGUACAAUCGGAAAUGCCAACCUGAUGAAACGACUAAGAAAUGAUGAUAACAAUGGCAUUGAUAGCCUAGAGAGGCAGCUUCUUGGUGCAGAACUUGAAUAUGGGUUCAAGAGAUUUUGCAGCAAUAAUAGAGGUUCUGUGAUUCUUUCAUUGGAUUAUGAACAAAAUCAAGAAGUCGUGGCUUUUACCUCCAAUGGGGAUUGUCUGAGAGAAAAAACUGCAGAUUCAGAAUCCUGUUCUUCUAUGGUUUAUUAUGACACACAGCUUUUCUUGCCCCCAUUCUUCAGAAUCAAUGUUUCUGCUCCAAUACUUGGAUCACUUGGCCCAGAUGAUGCUCAGUCUUCCACAAGUGACAGUUCCUGCUGCUGCUGUCACACUUCUGAUGAUGAUGAUGUUGAAGGAGGAGGAGGAAGGGAGAAUGAUAAAGAUCAUACUUCUUCAUCAUCCUUAUACAGCUCUGCUUCUAACCAGAGCAUUUUUAAUUAUCUAUCUCAAGCAUCUGAUGAUGAUCUAGGAUUGCCUCCUGUAAUAUGUAUAUAUGAUACUAGCAUUGAUGGUUUAUGUCAAAACCAAUCAAAUCUGAAGGAGAAACAUGUUGAAACCUUGGAUUUGGAUUUGGAUGUAGCAGAUGACUACUGGUAGGGUUGGGAUUUGUAUGUUGGAUUUUCGCAGUUUGUGUACAGUAAAACCAUUUUGAUUAUAUUGGUUUAUAUGAAAAAUUAAGUCUUGUC